AUGUUUAAGAGGAAUUAUCGACGCCAUCAGCUCACGCCGCAGGGGUCAACCCUUUUACCGUCUGAAGAGCAGCGCAAGCGGAAGAUGAGGACUCUUAAACUUCAGCUUGACUACCUUCUGGCGAGGAACAUUCCUCAGCCGAUUAUCCGAAAAUCUAGAGCUGUUUGGGACGUCGCGUUCGACUCUGACCACCGUCCAGUUCUUCUCACCUUCAAGAUACGGUUCCACAAGAGAAACCGAGAAGUUCCUCUUCAACCGAAAAUCGACAUGGCAGGUCUGAAAGACGAUGAAUGCAGAACAAAAUUCCGCCAACGUGUGUCUAUUCAUGUUGGGGUACGGACCAGAAGAAAAGCUUUCCGAUGCGGAUUCCUUCACAAGGUGCAUCCAGGGUGCUACAAGGGAAACACUUCUGGUUUAUGUGCCGUGGAAGAAGUUUGCCUUUGCAUCUGGUGA